UGCUCCUGCUCCUCCAUGCCUCCGCUUUUGUGCGUGACUCCCUCGCCCUCAAUCAGGUGGUAGGUAUCUCGGAAUUUUUUGUAUUCGCUCUGGUUUUUCUAGGCGGGAGAUCUUCCCCCUUUGCCGGUACCAGCUCCCGUUUCCGGCCGGCGGACACCUCGUUCGUCUUGGCGGGUGGAUCCGUCGCUGCGGGGAUUGCAAAUCUGAGUCGCCCGGUCCCUGGCCGACCGGCGAACUCAUCGGGCUCAGUAGGAAGUAGUCCCCGCAAUCUCUGGUCUCGAAGAUGUCCGUCGGAAGUAGAUCGGAAGCUGGCCUUGUGAGAUCGCAGUGCUGAAGAUCCACGAGAAAGAACAGGGCGCGGGAGUCCCGAGGUUCAGAUCGCUAGAAGUGAUUCAGAGAUCUCUGGAGUUCUUCCCUCUGGUUCAUCUUCUGUUCUUAAGGAGAUCGGUCGGGAAGAAAUUGCAGGGGGACUGGAACUACUCCGUAUGCCAAAGUCCUCAGUUGGAGAACCUUUAUAGAUCGUUCUUCUAGUAAAACGCAGCAGUGAGUGGAAACUGUCCGAAGGUGAACAAUUUGCUCUUUCGUAUUAGCUUAGUUCUGAGCGUUGGGGAAGAAUGGAGUCGUGAGGGAGAACACCCAAAGAGUAUUUCCUUUUCCCUUUUCUUUUGGCGAAGGAAUGGCGCCGUCUAGCAAGGCAGAAAAGAAGGCUGCAGUGGAUAUCGCAUCAUGGAUGUUCAAUGUUGUUACGUCAGUCGGAAUCAUCUUAGUCAACAAGGCUCUGAUGGCCACCUAUGGCUUUAGUUUUGCAACAACAUUAACUGGCUUACAUUUUGCGACCACAACCCUUAUGACUAUGGUUCUUAGAUGGAUGGGUUACAUACAGGCCUCUCAUCUACCAGUGUCAGAGCUUCUCAAAUUUGUUGUAUUUGCAAACUUUUCCAUUGUUGGCAUGAAUGUGAGUCUCAUGUGGAACUCUGUGGGGUUUUAUCAGAUUGCAAAGCUCAGCAUGAUUCCAGUUUCUUGUUUAUUGGAAGUUGUCCUGGAUCAUAUUCGAUAUUCAAGAGACACAAAGCUUAGUAUACUUGUUGUUCUCAUAGGUGUUGGUGUUUGCACAGUGACUGAUGUCAGUGUUAACACAAAGGGCUUUCUUGCAGCUGUUAUUGCUGUUUGGAGCACUUCCUUGCAACAAUAUUAUGUACACUUUUUGCAACGGAAGUACUCUCUCGGAUCAUUCAACCUCUUGGGCCAUACUGCCCCAGUUCAGGCUGCGACGCUGCUGAUCAUUGGGCCCUUCUUGGAUUUCUGGUUGACAAAUAAAAGAAUUGAUAUGUAUGAUUUCAACGUGGUAUCUGUGUUAUUCAUUGCACUGUCCUGCACAAUAGCAGUGGGCACCAACCUAAGUCAGUUCAUCUGUAUUGGAAGAUUCACUGCUGUUUCCUUCCAAGUCCUCGGCCACAUGAAAACGAUCCUUGUUUUGUUCCUGGGUUUCUUGUUCUUUGGCAGAGAAGGUCUGAACUUACAAGUUGUUCUAGGCAUGGUUUUAGCAGUGGUCGGAAUGAUCUGGUAUGGCAACGCUUCAUCCAAACCUGGAGGCAAAGAGCGUCGGAAUUACUCACUUACUGUGGACAAGUCUCAGAAACAUGCUGGUUCAGAACACGGUGAUGAGAAGGUUUAGGUUUAGCUACGGAGAGGAUGAGUUUAUUUUUUGAAACCCGCGGAAGGGCCUGCUGAUCUCAGUAACAUUCUAACUUCACAGUCCGUCGGUACGUUUGCAUUCCUUUUUUUGUAGGAUAUACUCUGCUCUCUUUUACUGUCUGCGGCUUGAUGGAGGGAUUCCAGGUUAAUCAGUCAGAUUCCUGGAAAAAUUGCGAUGUUUUCAUCCACAUAGUAAAUUGUUGUCAUUUUGUUACGAAGAAACAAACAAGUUCCAAACUUGUAGCCGAUCUAGAUCCUUCUUGGUGAAUAUAUUUUCGUUAGAUGUGGAUGCUGAAACUCUUAUGUAUCCUCCUAUUAAUUUAUUGCAAUACAGCUCAUUACUUCUGUUA